AUGUUAACUCCACGGUUUAAGUUAUCGCAAGACGCGAAUCACGUUUUUAUUACCGUCCACGCUCCAUACACGAAUAUCGGCGAAACAGAAAUUGAUGUGGAUGGUGAGAAUUUUCUCUUUGUUUCGAGUCCAUACUUUCUCAGACUUCGCCUGCCAGGCAGAAUAAUCGAAAAUGAUAGCUCAAAGGGUUCAUAUACAUGCGAUUCCGGUGACUUUAGCCUUACAUUUGAUAAAGAAACUCCAGGAGAACAUUUCGAAAAUCUUGACAUGAUUACGAAUUUGCUGGCCCCUCGUGAUAUACCAGAUAUAAAUCCUAACUUGGUUGAAAUGCUUGAAGAAGAUGGUGUGACCAUCGAAAGUGAUGAGACAGAUGAGGGCGACGAAUAUGAUAAAUUCGGCUAUGGAUUUGCCAGUAAGGUAUCAACUGGGUUUAAAGAUAUUGGUUCGGAGUUUCCGCAAAUUUUUGAAUUAAGGGUACCUGAAAGGGUAGCAAUUGAAGAACGGAAUUCUUUGAGACAAAAAUAUGAAGAUCACAAAUUCUCAUCAGACCAUUAUUUAGCAGACUUUUUUGAUGAGGAAUUGAUAGCACCUUACUUGGCUGCCACUAUGUUUUGGAAUAAGCCAGAGUUUGAUAAAGAUGCUGAUUUUACUGAAGAAGAAGUAAGCAUUUUAAAGGAACUGCCAAAUAAGCAUUAUAUCUUGAGCAAAACUGAUCACAGGCAAGUUUUCCUUGGAUUAAUCGAUAUAUUUUUUGGCUAUUGUUAUGAUAAAAGGACCACUUUAAAUGAAGGUACAGUUGAAUCAAGCUGGACAAUUAAUAAAUUGUCAUCUACAUUAUGCUGGUUUUGUGUUUUUAACGAUAUGAAAGAACUUCUUAUAGCAUGUUAUAGGCGGGCGUUAAUUUAUCCAAUAUUUAGAAACUUUGAGUUAUGUCAUAAAGUCAAGAGUGAUCUAGUUUCACUGCUAAGAAAAGGAAAGAAGUUUGUCAUUAAAUGUAUGAUAAAUAUUUAUCAGCUGUUUAAUUUGAGCAAUGAUGCAAGAUAUAUACUUAAUCAAUUAUAUAUAAAAGAUUACUUAAUAUUCCUACAAAAAUGUAGACCUGAAGAAUUUGAUGAAAUAUGCAAUAAUAUUGCUAAUAUUGAAAUAACUAAAAAAGAUGUUGCAUUAGAAUUAGAGGAAUUAGAAGAGGCUGCAAAAAUGGUACAAUUGGAAGAAACACAAGUAAUGGAAAAUGAGAUGGCAGUAAAAAUGGCAUCAAUGUCUUUAUUGCCAGGUGUGAAAAAGUGCAGUGAUUUUCUUAGUGAUGAUGAAACAGAUUCAUCUGACUCAAAUUCUUCAACUGAUUCAAGCAGCGAUUCAUCUGAUGAUUCUUCUGAUUUGGAUUCGGAUGAUGAUCCUUCC